AUGGACCGCCAACAAUCGCAUUCCCUCCACGCCUCCCUCACAUCUCACGGGAAACUCUACUGGGGCGUAGCAACAGAUGCCAAAAACCUCUCAAACCCUACAACAACAACUCUCAUAACCACAAACUUCAACCAACUGACCCCCGAGAACUCUCUAAAAUGGUCAUCCCUCCAACCCACCCGCGGCUCAUUCACAUUCUCCACCGCGGACUCCAUCAUCGCUUUCGCUCAGAAACACAACCUGCUAAUCCGCGGCCACACCCUCCUCUGGCACCGUUCCCUGCCCUUUUGGGUGUCUCGAAUCACAAAUCCCACGGAGCUAGAAUCCGUGAUUGUGGAGCAUAUCACUGCCGUUGUAGGGCGUUAUGUAGGGAUGAUCUAUGCUUGGGAUGUCGUGAAUGAGAUUUUUACUGAUGUGGGAGAUUUGAGGGAGAAUCACUUCUUCAAAGUACUUGGGGAGAGGUAUGUGAGACUGGCGUUCCAGGCUGCGAGGGAAGCGGAUCGAGGGACGAAGUUAUAUGUUAAUGAUUAUUUCACCGCGAAAGCGAAGAUUUUGGCUGCUGUGGUUGUUAUUGGGAGGUGGAAGAGGGAUGGGUGGGAGAUUGAUGGGGUGGGUGUUCAGGGACAUGUCUCGAAAGGGGAAGCGGGGAGGUUGGGGUGGAGUUUGGAAGUUUUGGGGAAGGUUGUGGAUGAGGUGGCUAUUACGGAGUUGGAUGUUGUGGAUGCUGGGGAGGAGGAGUAUGUUGAGGUUGUGCAGGCUUGUUUGAAUGUGCCGAAUUGUGUGGGGAUCACGAGUUGGGGUGUGAGGGAUUCGGAUAGUUGGCAGGCGAGUAUGAGGCCUUUGUUGUUUGAUGAGGUUGGCGAGCCGAAGGCAGCGUAUCAUGCUGUUGUGAAGUGUUUGUGUGUCGAGGCUGAGUGA